ACGCAUAAAUUUGACAAAGAGGCUUCAAAGGCACAAAAGCCGGGAUGAUGAACAAGGAUUAAGCUCGACGCAUCUGAGACGCCUAUAGACAAAAACUCCUGCUUCAAAAGCAUUAAAAGACGCUUCUGGGGUGUUUCACGGGCUAUAUGUCGUCUUUAUAAAUUAGGGGAAUGUUUGGUUUUCGCGAGAGUAGACUUUUCGCGAUACAAAUGCGACAGAUCAAUUGCGUUUAACAUUGGAGGAGCAAGUGCCUUUGCUUGGACACCCGAGAUGGACACAGUAAGAUGCAUUCAGCACCUGUCAGGAUGGUUUGUUCUGUUCAGCUUAAUGACACGCCAGAGUCACUCCAUUGAGACAGUCAAUGUGGUGGACUUCUGUGGACAGACGAUACAGGGGGACGGCAUGAUUGUAAAGUCCCACCAAGAGUCCCGGAAGUACUACUUUGUCUCCAUGGGAACAGAUUGCCACCUCACCAUGCAGUCUGCCACCCCCCGAGACAAGGUGCAGUUCUACUUCCGCUUCUUCCUGGUCUACAGCCUGCUUAGAGUGUCACCGCACAGCCCCCCACCCCUCUUCCCGGAAUCACCCAGGGGGUCCUCUUCAUCUGGCCCAACGCGGCCCGACCUGAGCUUGGAGCCAACCACCAGGGAGGGGCCAGAAGACCCCUGCCAUGCUGGCUCUUACAUCCAGUUCUAUGAUGGGAGGGAUAAGUCCGCACCCCCAAUUGGCCCUCCACUCUGUGGGAAGAGCCCUCCCCGACCGGUCUUGUCAACGGGCAAAUUUCUAACUCUACGUCUUGUGACACGAGGAACUCAGCCGAGGGUGGACUUUGUUGGAGACUUCACUUCAUUCAGGCUGGGUUUUAACCAAUCGGAGUGCAGUGGACAGCCUUACUUCAACUGUCGGAAUGGGAAGUGUAUUCCCAUGAGUCUGGUUUGUGCAGAUGAUAAAGGCAUUGACAACUGUGGUGAUGGCAGUGACUUAAUCGAUUACCCUGGUUGCAGUGGUCCUCUAUCUACACCCAGGCCCCCGCAGCACCCUGUUACUCAGCCAGCACGGAUGCUGAACGUGCCUACUCUGACAGUGUCCACUUUAAAGAACUGUGCCACUCCGAACGCAGUUCCUGAUCCGGAUUCUGUGACUGAUUCCCAGUCUUCCAUUUCUCUGCUGGCGCUGUAUGUGGUUCUGGGUGUGACGGCCGGCGGGGUUCUCACGUGCUGGUGCUGUUGGGCCCCCGGCUGGUUCCUGUGGCGAGUGAGUGUGUUUCGUUUCUUGCCCUGCUGCAACUCCUGCUGCGCGUCCUGCCAGCUCUGCGGGCGGAGCUGCUCGCAAAACAAGGACCACCGAUUGGCUAAGGUUACACCAGAAGGAGCUGCAACACCUGUGUCUUCUACCACCACUGUGGCUGUGUAAAUACACUCAUCUGAUGUAGCCUAGCUCCAUAAAAGACUCAUGAUGGAGAUACAGUUAGGAAGUGGUAUAACAGUAGAAGUGUUUUUUUGUUGUUGUUGUUUUGUUUGUUUUUUUGAAGAAUUGCCAGGCGGUGGACUUUUUUCCACUGAUAUUUUUUGUUUUAAAAAAUGAAAGAACAUAAUUCAACAAAAUCUGCUAUUUGUGAUAUGUAUUUGAUACUGGAUCUGUGGAAACAACAUGAGUUGAGAUUUCUAGUUGGUUUCGCAAAGUGAAAAAGGAAAGAAUUCCACUCUAUAUUACCUCAGUGGGAUACAGCUAACACUAGGACAAUCCAGCUUCAAAGGACUGGAAAUAUGUUUUAUUAUUAAAACUUUCCAAUAAAAUGCUCAUUACACUAGCAGAGAGCAUUAUUAUAGCUGUAUUUUUCCAGGAGUUAUUGGUCACUAUCCUCUCCUGCAGAUGACAAUAUUGUGAAUGUUACUUUUUGUUUUUGGACCAAUCUGUAUCCUGCACAUGUGCAGUAGUGACUCUUAAACUUAUAGAUCUAUUAUAUCACAUAUGAAGACUGUAGAUUCAAGAUGAUGCCAAAAAAAAAGGUGAAAAGUGUUUUUUUAAAGACCAAAUCUUGCAUUUUCACUGACACAUUAGGUGUUUGCGAAUGUGAUGUGCAGGAUAACUGCUGUAAAGUACAUUAAAAAAAAAAAAAAAACUUUAUAGCCAGAACUAGUAAAUAUUUACAUUUUACAAAAGUAAAAUGUAGCUAGUAAAUAUUAUUAAAGGAUCUACAAAGUGGCCAUUUUUAACAGUCUGAUGCACAAAGUAUUUAAUCCCAAGGAAAAUAUAAUUUUAAAGGGAUAGUUCCAAAAAUGAAAAUUCUGUUAUUAAUUACUCACCCUCAUGUCGUUCCAAACCCAUAAGACCUUCAUUCAUCUUCAAAACACAAAGGAAGAUAUUUUUGAUGAAAUCCGUGAGCUUUUUGUCUCUCCACUGGUAUCAAUGCAAUUUACACAUUCAAGGUCCAGAACAAUAGGAAAGACAUCAUUAAAGUAAUUCAUGUGACUCAGUGGUUUUCCCCUCAAUUUUAUGAAGCGAUGCAAGUGCUUUUUUUGCACACACAAAAAAACAAAACAUAAUUUACCACUUUAUUUACAAAAAUAUUGACCUGCAAUCCAGUAGGGGGAGCGCCACGACACAUGCGUGUUGUGUUGACUCAAGACUGGAAGUUGUUCUGUAAAUGCGAUUUGGAUAAUAUUAUUUUGUAAAUAUAGAGGUAAAUUAUGUUUGCUCUUGCGUCGCUUCAUAAAAUUGAGGGUAAACCACUGGAGUCACAUGGAUUACUUUAAAGGGUUAGUUCACUCAUUUAUUACUCACCCUCAUGCCGUUCC